CUCUAUCAUAAAAUCAUAAGCUAUAUCGAACAUGACAACCUCCACUCCUAGCCCCCGCAAAUACUACUUCCUAAAAACGCGCUCCCUCCCCGGCGCCCACAAGUACGACAAUUUCUACCUCCGCCUCCACGGCGACGGUGUCGAGGAUAUAGUUCUCACACCCGGUCGCCCUAUCUAUCUGCGCGCGUUUGAUGAGCCAGCUCCUGCCGCCACUAUUCCUUCCACUGAAGCCGGGGUUGGAACAAGUAUUAAGUUCAUCUCCACCAAAAGCGGCGAUAGGCAAUGGAGUUUGGCAUUAGGUCAGCCGAGGGAUUUUGUGGGAUGGGAGCCUGUGCGAAUUGUGGCCGCUGCUGAAGAUGAAGAAGCAGAAGCGGGGGCACGCUGGGUUAGGAAAAGCGAUCUCGCGGCGGGUGGGUUAAGGGAGGAGUUUGAGGCGCUGGAGUGGGAUGCUGGAAGCUCUGAAGAGAACGGCAAGGGGGAGUGGAAGGGAUGGAUGGUUUGUGAGUGGGUACAUGGACAUCCGCAGCUCUUUUGGGUUACUGGGAUGUCGGACUCGAGGGGGAAGGAGCUGAAGAUGCCGACGUUUUGUGAGAGGGUUGAAUUGGUGAAGGAGGCGGUGGGGGAGUCAGUGGAUGUGAGUGCGUGAGUAUUUUCUGGAGGCCUCCGGGUCGCUGCUUAAUGACCGUCUUUGUCGAUUCUUUUUUCUCGGAAUAGGUCUUUCUCAACCAAGAAAACAUUGCACGAAAGGGAAUAAUAGCCUUGCGCAACGCUGUUUCCAGUGCCAUCUUUGACAAUGAGACACGACUUUGGUGUUUACGAUUUUUACGAACAAUUUCAUCCGGCGC